GCCAAUUUGGCAAGCUGAGCUGCAGUCUGCAGAGCUGAGCCUGAGGCUGAAGCGGCGCUACGGAAUGGCCGUGGCGCCCUCGCGAGGUGGUCUUCCCUUCAGCACUUCCCCAUCUUACGCUCCUUUGCAGGGCAGGGCGGCCGUUGGGAAUAUGCGCCCUAGUGAGGUUGCAUCGUCAGAUGGAAGUGGGAGCCGGAAGCGUGGAACUCCCAAACUUGAGGAGACAUUUAGAAAGGAGGAAAGUGGUCAUGAGAGAGUUAGCUCCGGGUUUGAAGCCAGCACUUCCGAAAGCUCAGCUUUCCAGGGGCUAGGGUUGCUUCGGGAGGUGGAGCGAGAUAAUACUGCUCAGCAAAUUCUGCCCACAAUUGACGAGGGAAGCAAAAAGGGGGGCAGCAGAGUUGCACCUAGCGGUCCCGUCUCCUGGGGGGAGUCUCUGAAGUAUGCGGUGCAAAGCUGGUUAUUGGGCUUUUGGGAGGCCCUGAUGAUUCACAGGACUGUGGGAAUUCUUGCCAGGUCGCGCCCCGUGCUUGUGCGGACCAGCCAGUGCUCUCUUCUCAACGGGUUCUUCUUCUUGGGAAGUAUAAUCCUGCUCAAGGGUUUCCUUGACCCUUCCUUGCGCUACCUCCUCGACUUACCCCGUCACUCAAAAGCAGAAACAACCGCUGGCGUCGGAGCAGGAGGCCUGGCGGCCCUGCACUCUCUCCUCAUUGUCGUGUAUAACAUGUUGUGGCUCUACCCUAUCUAUGUGGUCAGCUUCGUCAUCAACUGCAUGUGGCAUCAAGACAUUGCGAAGCGCGCGUAUCAAGCCCUUCAGGGGGACCGCUCGCUUGCUGCCGCGCUCGGGGUCGAACCGCCAGAUCUGUCAAAACCGGCGCCCCCACCCGCCAGCAAGCAGGGCGGGAGCGGGGUUGAAACGCUGGUGACAAUGAUUGGGGAGGAGGUGUACCGGGUCGUCAUGUUUGCCGUCUUUGUAAUACAGGUUUACGCCGUCAGCAUCGUUCCGUACGUCGGACCGACGAUGAACUUUUUGCUGCUCUCGUGGUUGUACGCAUACUACUGCUAUGAUUACAAGUGGUCGUCGGCUGGCUGGUCUCUGGACGAACGGCUCAGCUUCUUCGAAACGCAUUGGGCGUUCUUCGCGGGGUUUGGAGCGCCGUGUACAAUAGCCACCUACUUCUUGCCAUUCUUUGCAAGUGCCGCAGUGUGGGCCCUCAUCUUUCCACUCUUCGUCCUUGUUGCGACGACAUCAAAUCCCGCUCGAGUUGUGUCCAAGUCGUUGAACGGGGACCCGCUCGCUGUUCAGAAGGCCCAAGCAUGGCGAGUGCCGGUUUUCCGAUUUGCAGCAGUGCAAAGUGUCGUGCUAUUGAAGUUUUUGCUCCCCUCGUCGCGGGAGCAACAAACAAUUAGAAGCUAAGAGAGGCCAGUGUCGCACGCUCAUCUGAAGGACACUAGCCAGUGUCGCGUUUCCUUGUUCACAUACUUUCUUGCAAUCGAAGAGAAAGGGUUGGAGUUUAGGUGACCACUUUGCUGCCACUCAAACGGACUAGCCUUGUGAGGAAUCAGAUGAGUGAUUAGAACGCCCUGCGUUUGCAAGUGUGCUCUGGCCUUUGUCGGGAUAAACGGAUGCUCCGAAGCCUGCCAUACAUGCGCCUUCAUAUCUAUGGCCUGGCAGCAAGACGGCGGCCGAGUAGUCUGUCCAGUCCGCAUUGGUGUGGCUUACACUUAUGUGUACGUACGUUUCAAUUGAAGGCCCUGGCGGUGA